AUGAGUAGACAACCACUUGUAUAUAGCUUUGUUGCGAAGGGAAAAAUUGUGCUUGCAGAGCACACAUCAUUUUCUGGGAAUUUCAGCACGCUUGCUGUCCAAUGCCUUCAGAGAUUACCAUCAAACAGCAACAAAUUUACAUACUCUUGUGAUGGUCACACUUUCAACUUUCUCGUGGACAGUGGAUUUGGUAUACAUUCUUUAUCAUUUGUAAUUCAUUACAUACGGUUUGUUUGAGGAUUUUUUUUUUCCCUCGUUCUUAUAUUUUUUUCCUCUGUAUCUGUAGUUUUCUUGGUUGUGGCUGAUGAGUCAACUGGGAGGAGCGUACCCUUUGUGUUUCUAGAGAGAGUCAAGGAUGACUUUAUGCAGUGUUACGGGGCGAGUAUCAAUGCAGGGGAAUCUCACCCGCUUGCAGAUGAAGACGAUGACGAUCUGUUCGAAGAUAGAUUCAGUAUUGCUUAUAACCUUGAUAGGGAAUUCGGGUAUGUAGUGUUGAUGCUGUUCUGGUCAUUAUAGAAAUAGGAUAAUACUUAUUUUGGCAAUGAGAUGGUAAUCACCUGAAAAAUAAUACAUUCCCAAUCUUCUAGAUUUUCUUCAUCAAUAUAUAUUGUAUGCCGACCAUUUUUUUCCUUAAGAUGUUACCUUAUAAUGGUAAUAAGACACUUUGGACUUUAUGGAACAGACCAAGGCUGAAGGAGCACAUGAAUUAUUGCAUCACUCACCCUGAAGAAAUGAGUAAACUAUCUAAAUUGAAAGCUCAGAUUACGGAGGUGAAAGGGAUCAUGAUGGACAAUAUAGAGAAGGUGAACAUGUUUUGCCUUGCACAAGAGAACAAGUGCAUUUUUUAUUCUCAUUUUUUUUUCAGAUGUAAAAUCUUUUUGUUUCACGAUGCAAUGCUCUAUUACUCUUUUGUGUUACCUUCAUCUGGAGCUACCUACUGAUAGAAAGAGGCACCUCAUUUUACUUUUAUGUGCGUAGCGUAAUUGUAGUCCAGAUUAUCCUUGGUUUGGUUAUUUAUCAUCUAAUGCCACCAUCUGGUGCUCUUAUGCUUGUAUGCUUUGUGCAGUUUUUUUGUUGGAAUCGACGCCAUAAACUGAUAAUGUAUUUCAGGAAACACGUUUGCUUUGAUUAGUAUUUCUCUCUCUGCACUCUCACAACCUAUUAAAUGUUUAGCAAUUUUAGUUUUUACCAGUUAUGCACAGUUGGGAAACUAAACAAAAUUAAUUCGAAAAUAUAGAAUUGUUCUGUAUGUUUCGUUUUCUGUUUUUCACUGGCAUUUAUCUGACAUAACAAUGAUUCUAAACCGUGACAUAAUCAUGAGGAUGUAUCUAUCAGAAUCGUAUCAAUCAGACUAUUGAAACUAUUGAUUCGAUUUUGCUCUGUUAUUUGACCAAUGGCUAGUUCAGAUCAUCCGUAGACCAGAAAUGGUCAUGGUUUCUGAAUUCUCGAGAGGAUAGAUUUGUCUAGUGAGAUGGUCAGAGGAUGAAUAAGGGGCGCUAGAGGUAAUGGGAUGUUAGAGGCCUUAAACAAUCAUUUCGUGCUGUUGAAAUCAGCAUCAAGCUUGCAGGUUUCCUCCUGAAAUUAUCCCCAAGAUGGUACUUGUGGGGACUGGAAAGGAUGUUAAGGUCGGUGGGCACAAAGCAUCAGCGGGCUCUGGUGAGGAUAACUUGUAUAACUGGGGAAGGAGUGACCUGCAGUUGCUAUUCUCAGUGGGGAGAUGGUUGAUAUGCAUCAAUUGGAGAUGCCUUUGGCAAGGUAGAUAUGGAUAGGACCUUAGCAGUUACAAUGUCGUCGGGCAAAACUGUGCAAAUCUCAUUCCACCCUCCAUCCCCUGUUUCUUAUCCCUUGCUUUUCAUCCAAAAAAGCAAAAAUAAAUCUUUUUUUAUGACACGCCAGACGAGGAAGAAAGAUGUCUCCAGUAAUUUUGUGGGAGACCGCCGACCCUGACAGGAACUCAUUUGCAGGUUCUUGAUCGAGGGGAGAAGAUAGAACUCCUGGUGGAUAAGACCGAGAGCCUACAGUUCCAGGUUUUUUGCAUUGCUUUAUUAUUAUUAUUAUUAUUAUUAUUAUUAUUAUUAUUAUUAUUAUUAUUAUUAUUAUUAUUAUUAUUAUUAUUAUUAUUUUUGCGCCAAGUUGAUUAGAUGUGGGAACCCACCCUCCUCUGAAAAGAUCCUAAAGCGUCGGUCGUGUUCUCAUUGAUCCUCUGGGCAGGCGGACAGCUUCCAGCGGCAGGGUAGGCAACUCCGGCGGAAGAUGUGGCUGCAGAAUCUCCGAAUGAAGCUCAUGGUUGGGGGAGCCAUUCUCGCUCUGGUGAUCAUCGUGUGGCUGAUGGUCUGCAGAGGGUUCAAGUGUUGA